AUGCUUGGUGAGAUGUUGUGUACAGCUGGGAAUCCAUCAGGACCGCGUCGAACCACAUCCAACAAUUCCACGCAUCUUCUUCGCAAACACGUCAUUCCCAUGCGUGCUAUGGGCGGAGGGGAAUGCAUAGCUGAACAACUCCUAUGUGGUGAAUUUGUGGUAUUGUGGAAGGUGUACCACAAAUUCUUCCCCCUCCACCCCUACUUGCAUCACGCAUUCAUUCUUGAUGGAACAAAUGAGACACUGACACGUGACAGUGAGUAUGUCUGUGUUGAAGGUGCAGGCUUGCAAAGUGCAUCAAUGUGUUUGCCCUUAUAG